CCACACUGAAACAAAUCGUAUAUGAAAUAUUCAAUUUGAGUUUUCAUUUCAUCUCUGCUAUUAAAAAUGCGUCCAAAAUGCAACCAGGCAGUUACCUUGUUCUCCCCGGAAGGCCGUCUUCCCCAAGUGGAAUACGCCGUAAAUAGCGUCAAAAAAGGAUCGACGGUAGUGGGAAUCCGCUGUUUCAACUGUGUGGUAAUGGCCCUGGAGCAAAAGGUUCCUCUUCCGAUGCAGAUGGAGCGUUCCCUACCGCGGAUCUUUCCAGUGGACGAAAAUGUGAUGAUGACCUAUGCUGGAAUGGCGCCCGAUGGCCGUGUCCUGCUCGCCCGAGCCCGUUCCGAGUGCAAGAAGCUAAGGACUCUUCAUGGAGGUUCCCUGAGCGUAAAGCAAGUCACUGAAUACAUUGCCGACUUGCAGUUGAAGCAUACCCAGGCUCCCGAUUGCCGUCCCUUUGGCGUGUCCUGCCUGGUGGGCGGCUUUGAUCCGAAUCUUAAGCCUCGAUUGUAUCAAACCGAUCCUUAUGGUAAUUAUUAUGAAUAUAAGGCUUGGGCUAUUGGUCGAUCCGAGGAAACGGUCCAGGCAUAUCUGGAGACAGUAUUUACCACCGAUUUUGUGCCUAACCGCCACAGGGCUAUUAAGUUGGCCAUUGAUGCUUUGCUCCUGGUGUGCCAGCCGGAAAACAAGAACUUUGAGGUGGUGCUGCUGAAGCGCAACAAUCAUUUUGUGAGGCUGGACGCGGAGAUUGUGGCCGAAUAUGUGAAUAGCAUGGAUGAGAGCGCUGAGGGAUAGAAGGUCAAUGGAAAGGAAGCAUUUUAUACAUAUUCUAGAGUGCUCUGCUGUGUUAAACAUUUUUGUAAAGCUCUCUUCAUCUCUACUUAUAUUAAGUAUAUUAAUAAAUAAUAUAAAUAUUUAACUACACCAAA